GUCAUAUUUAUCUAAAUUUUGGACGUUGAAUGUUCGUUAAACAAGUUUUUAAUUCAUAUAUAGUUUGGUUAAUUGAUUGAUUAAUUACGUAGUUUGAUUCGUUUUUUAAUUUUUUUUUUUAUUGUAAUGGAAAAUAACGUACAAGGAAGACUCAUUGGUUGGGAAAUUCAUGGAUUUCGUACUAUGCAAGAUUUGGAUAUUCCCAACAUAAUGGAGGAAUCGAAGAUGAGGUGGCUCCGACCAAACGAGAUUCAUGCAAUACUUUGCAACCACAAGUAUUUCAACAUCAAUGUCAAGCCUGUAAACUUGCCUAUAAGUGGCGCAAUUGUGUUGUUUGAUCGUAAGAUGCUCAGGAAUUUCCGGAGAGAUGGACAUAACAGGAAGAAGAAAAAGGAUGGGAAGACCGUAAAAGAAGCUCACGAACACUUAAAAGUUGGUAAUGAAGAAUGGAUUCAUGUAUACUAUGCACAUGGAGAAGAUUCCUCGACCUUUGUUCGGAGAUGCUACUGGCUGCUCGACAAGACUCUUGAACAUGUAGUCCUUGUCCAUUACCGUGAAACUAUAGAGUUAUCGACUAUGUUCACUGUACAAUCACAGGGUUUCUCCAACAACAAAGCUGCCCCCGUUAGUUCUGGUUCCGCGUUGUCUGGUCCUGCCGAUAUGUCUGCUUCUUGGGAUUUAUCAGGACAACCUGAUUCAGCAGUUGAUCAGCAAUAUUCCGUUAGCCAACAUGCACAUUUAGAACCUAACAGCGAUAUGACCGUCCAAAAUCAUGAACAGCGGCUACUCGAGAUUAACACACUUGAAUGGGAUGAUCUUUUGGCACCUGGUGAUUCUAACAUGAUAAUUUCUACUCAACAAGCAGGAGGUAGAACUGUUUCUGUGCAGCACACGUCGUAUGAGCAACAUAAUCUAUGUGAAUUAAAUGGUUACAGACUCAACGGUGUAUCUUCUUCUCUCGAGAGAAUGUCUACAGUUAACAACGGAAAUGAGAUCACCUUCCAGACAGCGGAUGGUCAAAUGACUUCAAGUUUUCAGGAGAAUGAGUCUGGAGUAAUGACAGUAAGCACAGGCGACUCCUCCGAUAGUCAGAACAAGGAUACACUAACUCAGGAUAGCUUCGGAAGGUGGAUGAGCUACCUCAUCACUGAUCCUCCGGGAUCCCCAGAUGAUCCAACUCCCGAAUCUUCUGCAUCAACAGGUCAAUCGUAUGCAAGGGAGCAGAAUUUCAACAUAACAGAAAUAUCGCCUGCGUGGGCUCUUUCAACUGAUGAAACAAAGAUCUUUGUCAUCAGGCAUUUUCACGGAGGACACUCACAUCUCGACAGUUCUAGCUUGUGUUGUGUGUGUGGCGAUGCUUGUUUUCCGGCAGAAAUUCUCCAACCUGUGGUAUAUCGUUGCGUAGUUUCUCCUCAAACCCCCGGACUGGUAAACAUAUAUUUAAGUUUCGAUGGUAAUAAACCUAUUAGUCAAAUCAUGAGCUUUGAGUUUCGAGCUCCUUCAGUACAUCUUUCGACAGAACCCCCGGAGAAUAAAUCAAAUUGGGAUGAACUUGCGCUUCAAAUGAGGCUUGCUCAUCUGCUGUUCUCUACAUCGAAGAGCCUUAAUAUUUUAUCCAGCAAAAUACAUCAAGAGUUGCUGAAAGAUGCGAAAACAUUUGCUGGAAAAUGUUCUCACAUUAUCGAUAAUUGGGCUUGUCUGAUCAAAUCAAUUGAAGACAAGAAACUCUCUGUCGCAUGUGCAAAAGAUCGCUUGUUUGAGCUCUCUUUGCGAACCAGUUUACAGGAAUGGCUUAUGGAAAGAAUUGUUGAAGGAUGUAAAAUCUCAGAACAUGACGAGCGAGGUCAAGGAGUUAUUCAUUUGUGUGCUAUCCUAGGUUACACUUGGGCUGUAUAUCCAUUUUCCUGGUCCGGUUUGUCAUUAGAUUAUCGAGACAAAUAUGGGCGGACAGCUCUCCAUUGGGCUGCGUAUUAUGGAAGGGAAAAAAUGGUUGCAACUCUUUUAUCUGCGGGAGCAAAACCAAAUCUGGUCACGGAUCCCACGUCAGAAAACCUCGGUGGAUGUACUGCUUCUGAACUUGCAUCUAAAAACGGUCAUGAGGGUUUGGGUGCUUAUCUCGCGGAGAAGGCUAUAGUCGCACAAUUUAAGGAUAUGGCGUUAGCUGGAAACAUCAGUGGUUCACUCCAAACGACUACUGAAUCUAUAAACCCCGGGAACUUCACAGAGGAAGAGCUAAAUCUGAAAGAUAGUUUAGCAGCUUAUUGUACUGCUGCAGAUUCAGCUGCACGUAUCCAGGCUGCAUUCAGGGAGCGUUCACUGAAAGCGCGGACAAAAGCAGUUGAGUCUUCGAAUCAAGAGAUGGAAGCACGUAAUAUAAUUGCGGCUAUGAAGAUUCAGCAUGCUUUCCGCAACUAUGAGAUGCAGAAACAGCUGGCAGCUGCUGCACGAAUCCAGUAUAGGUUCCGAACUUGGAAGAUGAGGAAAGAGUUUCUUCACAUGCGUCGUCAGGCCAUCAAAAUUCAAGCUGUGUUCCGUGAUUUCCAAGUCCGAAGGCAUUACCGGGAGAUAAUUUGGUCUGUCGGAGUGCUUGAAAAGGCCUUAUUUCGUUGGCAUUUGAAGAAGAAAGGCUUUCGUGGGCUUCAACUCCCAUCUAGUCAAGUAGUUAAUCACAAACCAGAUGAUAUGGAAGAGGAUUUCUUCCAAUCCAGUAGGAAACAAGCUGAAGAGCGUAUCGAGAGAUCUGUUGUGCGAGUUCAGGCCAUGUUUCGUUCAAAGCAAACACAAGAACAAUAUUGGAGGAUGAAGUUGGAACACAAUAAGGCAACGCUGAUAUAUGAAGGGACUCUCAAUCCUGAUACCGAGAUGGAGUAAGAGGGCGACGCAUGACAUUUCAUAUUUUUGGCUGCUACGACACUGCGCAUGAAAAACAAGAUUUGGUGCCAAUUUAUACAUCAAGUCAAUGCGUAACAUCAACAGAUACUGUAAAUUUCUAGACGCAGGUAGUCUUCGUUGGUUCUUUAACGGUAUAGGCUUGAAGUAGAAGCUGUUUUUCAAGAAGCAAAUAGGCGCUUCUGCAGAAAGACGACUAGAUACACUAACUUGGGCAUGGUAAGGUUCCUUCAUUCAAGUUGCGAUGGAGUGUGAGAUAGUAGACGUAUGAAUCUUCAUCGCAAGUUCUGAGCGUAUUUGAUCACCCGCGUAUGAAUCUUCAUCGCGAGUUCUGAGCGUAUUACAUACUGAGAGAAACAUUAGAUUGUGAAACUAAGUUGUAUUGUUUGUCAAUUUUAGUGAGUUUAGACCAUCUCUUGCAAAAAGUGAAGGGGUAUUCACUUGAUUGUGAAAUGUUCUUUUCCUUAUGAAAAGUGUUUGAGAA